AUGAAUAUCUUUUUUGAGAAAAACUUACAAAGUCUAUGGAGACGAUGGAGCAACAAAGACAUUCACUCUCUUCAGUGCCUAUGCUCUCUAGGCUUGAUCACUUAGAUUUCGUUACAAAUAAUCUAGAAAGGCAACAAAACCUUCCUAAAUGGAAAGGCGAAAGCUCAUCUAUUACACGCGGAUUAAUUGGUAGCGGCAUGAUGGUUAGAGAAGCUUAUUUUAAAGGAUCGUUACUUGACAGAAUCGCUACUCUAGACACCAGGCUUCUCCAGAUUUGUUUGGAGUUGGAAUCUAGUAAUGCAUCUUCUAAUUCAAUUGGGGAGUCUGGUGAAACAUCAAGCCAGAGGAUUAAGAGAGAUUUGACAAAGACAGUACUACCCAUUUUUAAUAGCUACAUUAAUCCUUUUCAUACUCCCUUGCAACAUCCACAAGACCCUAGGGAAAUUGAAACGAAGAUUAAAGAAGAGACAGAGAUGGAGAUAAAUAUUGAGAAACCAUUAUUGGAGAAUAAGAAGAAGAACAUAUGGUGACUAUGGUUUAUGAAUCCGGUUUUACCGUGAAUCUCCUAUCGACGCAUUUGAGCAUUGUCUCUUUUUUGCUGUCAAUCUCUUCGGAGAAUCUAUCUACUUUAACUUCCUGUGGUUUUAAGUUUUAUUGUUGUAAUCAAAGAGGAUGGAUAAUUCCCUCUAUCUACUGUAUGUUUGAAGUUUAAGUUAAUGAAAUGAAAGG